AUGGAGUCCGAUCAUACUGACAUUGAAACCUUUAUUAGAGAGCACACCGUCUUACCUGGAGGCCACUACAAUACAGAUAUCAUUGACAUAAACGCCGAUUUAGACUGGUCUGAUCUGAUGAACGAUCUUGAUCAAGAGCACACGAUUGAUCAGACAGGCAUGGAGCCAAAGGAGGCUCUUAACAACAACACAGCCGGAUCUACGACGGCUGAGGCUGAUGCAAUGGUCAAGGAAGAGCAUGAAGACAACGCUCAGCAUUCGCCUCGACAAUCUCAUAGCAGUGAAGUCGAGGACGACAUGGGGUAUGACCAACAUGCCCAUGAACCUGCAGGGGGCAACUUCAAAUCCAGUCCCACAUACACUCAUGCGGAUGUUGAUUCGAGCCCCCUCCUAUUCAGUGCCGGAAUCGACAAUAUGCUGCACGGUGGGAUGAACAACCAGAUGAACCUCGACUACUAUCCUCUCCAACUUUCCCAGAGCAACGUCAUGCGUGACUUGAACGCUAGAAAGGCCGCGCGAUCCCGCGCAGCUACAGUGUCGACGACACGAGACUUCCUCGAGAGACACAGCGCGUCCAGGAACCCUCAUCCAAAUCCUCUUCCAACCCUUGAGAGUUUGCGGUACAAAUACGGCGAAAGGGCUCCACCACCAAGUGAAGCGCUCCCUGAUGAUGUACCCUUUAUCGAUGACCUCUUGAAUCCGCAUCUCAGUGGGGUUGAUAUGGAAACGAUCUUCUCUUCCGCAGAGGAAGCCAGCUCCUAUUACUCCCAGGAGUUCCACCUUCCCCCAGACGACAGUGUCCCCACCACGAUCGAGCAAAAGAAGGCAAUCGUCAAAGCACUUUGUACAGCGAUCAUGAGCGUCGAGAAGGCGGAAGACAACCCCGGUAUGAUCAGACCAUUCGCGGAAUGCAAGUACUCUCCCAGAAGGGUUGAGCUCGCGUGCUGGCACUUGUUGGAGGCAUGCAUAACACGACAUGUAUCAGGACCUUUGUUGGCGGCGUACGAUGUUAAGUACAAACAGUCGAGCGAUAUCCCUACCUUCGCGGAGAGAAUGGACAGGAUAUUUAAGUGCCUCGUGACCCAGAAGACGAUCUGCAAGCACCUUCUUGACCCAUUUUAUUUGUACACCUUUGUCGAUGAUCCAAUCGGUGCUCACAAGAGGGUCAUUGCAAACAAGACCCUCAAUAGACGCAAAGGAGAGGUUAUGAAUGCUGGAAAACAAGUCCUUGGCCAUGGUCGAGUUAAUCCUGCUGCCGGGACUAUCACACCUGGAAGCCGCGAUCCAGAAGAUCCCUUCACUGCUGGCUCGCCGUUCAGUACUCCGCAACACGGUAUGAGCACGACUGCAACGAUGAGCCCCGACAGUGUCAACCGCAGAGGUAUCGCUUCGAUGAUGUUGAGUAGCCCAGCCUCUUCAUCUCCAGGCUCAGAGAAAUAUAACCUGCCAGGACUUCAGCGAGGUGUGAUCACGGGUACUUCUUCAUUCAAUGCAACUCCAAACUUGGCUCAUAUUAAUCGCUCCUUGCAUUCGAGCCCGAUAAUGAGGAGCAUGCACACGGUCAGCCCGGGGCUGACCAGUUUGUCUCACAAUAACUCUGGACAAGCUAGUAGAAGACAAAGCUUUCGAGAGUCGGAGGCUAGUCAGCUAAGGGCACAAGUUGCUGCGCAGUUCCAGGCUGCUCAUCUGGCUGGCAUCGAUCCUGCGCUUCGGCCUCAAGCUAGACGGAUGACAGCUCCUACUUCUCACCCACGCACAGAUGCCGAAAAUACUCUAGAAGCAACAGGGAGCAGAAGAGUCAAGGGAAAUACUGGUGCAUCCGCGGGUCGUCGCAAGCGCAAAGACUCCGAUUCAGACUCGGAGUACCUUCCUUCGCCGGCGAAGAAGGCCCAGCGUUGA